CACAUGGGAAUGGUUCGGUGGCUGCCUCGAGGCUUCACACAAGGUUACUUGGGGCAGGAGUCGACCAGCAGUUGGCAGAGCACUCUACUUCCUUACUCAGGCUGUACCUUCUUAUUGACGCAGACGUCGUUUUCGGCAAUAACCAUGAGCGACGUUCAAGACGCCACCACCAACCCUCCCGCUGCUCCUGGCUCUGGCCAUGUCCCGAGGCGUGAGACUCAAAGGGAGGGGCACUCCAUCCCCCUCUACCACCUCCCUAAGAGAGGGACUUGUCCUAGUUGUAAGGUUGGGGACUUGUCCCGGGACUACAACCUGUGGCGCAGGUGUUCGGUUCUUCUGCUCUUGCCGGACUGCCUGCUAGACUGCUGCUUCAGCCAGGAGCAACGCUGUCCCGUAUGUGAAUACGUGGCUCCCGUUCAGUAGUGGACCUGGACUGACCCGAGGGUGGCUUCCCAAAUGAAGUAAUAUUUACUUCAUGGGGCCCAUAGGGACCCGAGGGGAGAAAAAAAUAAAAUGAAUUUUAAUUGACAGUAUUUUAGAAUGCGAAAUUUAAUGCUGGAUACUACCAGCCCUUGACAAAAUUUUUAAACUUUUUAGACUUAUUUUGGUGUAAGUAGAUUUCUAAUAUACUUUAUUAAAAUUUA